AUGGUAUCUUUUUCAAUAACUAAAGCUGCAAUCAUUGCAAUAUCAUUAACAUCAACAGUACAAUCAAUUUCAAUUGUAAAUAAUUAUUUUGAUAGAGCAGUAGAAUUAUUUCAACAAACAGAAAAGCAAUUGCCACAUUUUUUUCAAAUUCAUAAAGAAGAAGAAUCCAAAGAUGAUGUACAAUCUCAAGGUAUAAAUACUAAACCAGUACCAGGUGGAUCACCAAUUGAAGUUUGUGAUAAUGCUUUACCUCAAUUAUUAACAUUAGAAGAAGUAAUUAUAUCACCAAAUCCACCAGAAGUUGGAGCAAAUUUAACAUUUACAGCAAAAGGAAAAAUUGAUAAAACAAUAGUUGAUGGUGCAUAUGUUGAAGUAGAUGUUCGUUAUGGUUUUAUAAAAUUGAUUCAUCAAACUUAUGAUAUUUGUGAAGAAAUUACAAAAAUUGAUUUAGAAUGUCCAAUUGAAAAAGGUGAACAAAUUAUUAAAAAAAUUGUUGAAAUUCCUGAUGAAGUUCCUCCUGGAAAAUAUAUUGUAAAUGCAAGAGCUUUUACAAAAGAUGAUGAAUUUAUUACUUGUUUAACUGCUACAAUUGAAUUUCCUUAUAAGAAAUGA